UUAAUUGAUUUUCACAAUCACAAAUCAAACAGGGCCGACUCUUAUUCUUAGCCUCUCUCGAUCUCCUACUACGAUUCCGACUUCCCAACUACAUUUCUCCCCAACUUUCCCCCAAUUUUGCAAACCCCUUUUUUUUAUCAAUCUUCGCCUAUAAAUCUGAACCAAUCAAUUGCAAAUCCAAUCUACUAACCCUAAUUAGAUUCCUUUGUUUGUUUGUUUGUUUGUUUGUUUGUUUUUCAGGUAAGCCCCCAUGAAAACUAAUCCGCGUUCAUCCAAACGCAAGGAAAAACGAUCUCAGAAACAUAGCAAGAAGAAAAGUAGGAGCAGUAGGGAGAAACCCAGGAAAUUAAAACAACGGGAUCAUUCGGUUUCGUGUUUUGAUGAGGAUUCGAUUUCGAUUAAGUUGGUAUCGUGUUCUAGUCCAGGGGAUGAUUCUAGGAGUAAGAAGAGAGGUAGGUCUAGGGACAGAAGGCAUAAGAGAGAUAAGAAGAGGAGUAAGAGAAGCAGUGGAGACGAUUCUCCUCAUGUAAAAGAAUCGAAGAAAUCGAAGAAGAGUCGAGGUUCUGACUCUCGGAAGAAGCGGCAUGUGAAAAGGCGGAAGAGGGACCGUAGUGUUAGUUCUUCAAGUAGCCGGUCUAGGAGUUUCCCUCUACGUGAACCUGGUGAUGAUAGUGACAGAGAGUUUGAGAGGAAAGAAGAGAAGGUAGAAUCAAAGGAACGGAAGGGUAGAGAAAAAGAUAGGGAAAAGAGUGGGAGUAAGAGGAGUAGGCAUAGUUCAAGAAGUUUAUCUCCAUGUAGCGUACAUAGUGGGAAUAGUAGUCAUUAUAGUGAGGAGAGGGUGUUGGAGAAGAGUAAUCCUAAGAGAUUGAAAUCUGUCAUAGUUGUUAUGAAGGAAAAGAAGGUACCUGAAGAACAAGAAUUGAAUAGGGUUGACGGACAUGAAAAUGAAAUUGUUUUUGAUUAUGAUGACUACCCUAGCAAGAGUAAUGACAGUAUUGAUGGUGUUAGUGGAAGAGAAGCACUGUCAUAUUCACACGAUGUUAGUUCUGAGAAAAGGACCUUGGGUGAGCCAAAUAAGGAACCUGUUGCGUCUGAUAUCAGGACUUCAGAUUUUCGGGGUAUCCAAAGACAUUUUGUUGAGGGAAGUGGUGGAUUAAGUUCAAGUUAUGUCAGGUCAAAGGUCGAUGUUCCCUCGAUAGAAAAUAGGAGUGCAGUUUUUACUGCAAAUGCAGGUCCAAACCAUGAAGAUCUUGAAGCAAUUUUAAGACAGAAAGCCUUGGAGAAUCUACUCAAACGCCAAGUCAAUUUAUCCACAAAAGUUACUGCUGGUAAGAAAGGUGACCAUGAUACUGAAGUGAACAGGUCUUCAAUUGUGAAGGCUCAACCUGUUGAUCAGUCAAUGCCUCAUGUUGAGGGCAACAAUAAAGCUGUGCAAAAUGUAGGGAAGGUUGUUAAUGAUGUUACAUAUACUAGUAAUACUACUAACUUACGUGGUCCUUUGGAAGAUACUGGUCCGUCCAAAGAUAAUAAUGAUGUUCAUUUAUUGAGCGCAAAGGUGGAAACUGCCCAUCCAGAAGAGAAGUGUAAGACCCCUGGCAAUUUUAUUAAUAGCAGAUCUAAUGUUGGCUUAUCCAUGUCUAGGAAAGAGAUUCUUGGAGCAAAGAACACCUGGAAGAGACAAUUGACCCCACGAGAAUCUUCUCAGAAAAACCUAUCAGCUCCUAAAGAGAUGAUAGUGAAGGAUUCUAAUGAGAAGAUGAUGUCACAAGAAAAAUUUCAACGUAAACUUUGCGUACCACAAGAAACUAACAGCAAGGAUUCUACUAGGGAUGCUGCAUCUCCCCAAAUUGGUCGUAAAGGUAGCACUGUAAAAGUUGAUACCGUUGCUGUUUCUGAGGCUUCCUCUUCGGCGCCAGCUUCUGGCCAUGAAAGCAGGAAUGAUAAUACCAAUGAAACCGAUGAGGACACACAGUUUGAGAAGAAGUCAAUGUCUGUCAUGCGGGGUGGUGAAAUGGUGCAGGUAAGCUACAAGGUAUAUAUCCCGAAGAAAAUUCCUGCUUUAGCCAGAAGGCAACUGAAGCGAUGAUUCAGACAUCAAUAGCUGCUUGAGUUUUGGGUUCCUCCGGUUGAUACACAGUGGCAGGUUUUAAUCUUUUGAGUUUAUUUUGAGUUUGCUGCUGCUUUCCGUUUUCUUGUUGAAUGAAGUUUACAUAGCUGUCUUAGUGUCUUACUAACACCCCCUUGGUUGCUUUCGAACUGCUGAAGUUGCAUGUUCUCGUGUUGCUGUAACUUUGACUUUAGUUUCUUUUAUAUGUAGACGUUAGGAAAGCUCUCUGAAUUAGUAGCCUUAUGAAUCUGGCAGAAAUAAAUCUCUACUGGUGCUUUUUGGGAACAGAAAGUGGCAUUGAGUUUUACUUAAAAGUAGUCCUAUUUUCUUUGUUGUUAAGAUGUUUUUAUCCAAAUCUUUACUAGUGAAUCUUGGAUCUUAUGCAAGAAAUUUUUUGUUUGUAACAAUGAAUAUUUCCUAAUACAGUAAUUUCCUUC